UGUGUGCGGGUGCCGGUUGCUGUGUUUCCUGCAAGAGCGUGCCAGUCGGGAUGCUGGCGGAGCGCUGCUGCUGCGUGUCAGUGGGUGACUGUGUGCAGAUGGCGAAGUGGCGAAGAGCCCCUGACGUCCCCGCCAAGGCUGCUGCCCAGGGCCCCAGCCAGUGCCCAGCCCCGCUGGGAGCCCCGGCCAGCACCACGGACGGCACCCAGGAAGCCCGAGUUCCCCUGGACGGGGCCUUCUGGAUCCCGAGGCCCCCGGCAGCUUCGCCCAAGGGCUGCUUCGCCUGCGUGUCCAAGCCCCCCGCCCUGCAGGCUCCAGUGGCCCCCGGCCCUGAGCCCUCAGCCUCACCCCCCAUGGCACCCACCCUGUUCCCCAUGGAGUCCAAGAGCAGCAAGACAGACAGCGUGCGGGCCACCAGCGCCCCCCAGGCCUGCAAGCACCUAGCAGAGAAGAAGACCAUGACGAAUCCCACGACGGUCAUCGAGGUCUACCCGGACACCACGGAGGUGAACGACUACUACCUGUGGUCCAUCUUCAACUUCGUCUACCUCAACUUCUGCUGCCUGGGCUUCAUCGCCCUGGCCUACUCCCUCAAAGUUCGGGACAAGAAACUUCUCAAUGACCUGAACGGAGCGGUGGAGGACGCCAAGACCGCUCGGCUCUUCAACAUCACCAGCUCUGCCCUGGCGGCCUCCUGCAUCAUCCUCGUCUUCAUCUUCCUGCGGUACCCGCUCACCGACUACUGAGGCCCCAACAGGCACCACCAGCCUGGAGGUGAAGCCCUGAGAUGGGUUCAUUUUUGUGGCUGACGAAAGCUGGAUGCCCUGCGGUUGGGGCGGAGCCGGAGCCCCCCUGAAGCUGUGAGCCCGGCAGCGAGGCACGGGCACGGUGAGCUUCGUGCCGGCCCACCCUCUCUGCCUCCUGGUCCUCCGCCUGUUUCUGGGGGCCCUGUGGGUUUCUUCCUGUGCUGCUGCACCCUGGCUUCCAGUGGCUGCCCUCCCUACCCGCCUGUGCCCCCACCCAGGCUCCUGGGGCCCCUCAGACCUCACACCCAGCAAGAAGGGCUUUUGUGGGAGCUUCCCAGGAUGGGGUGGCUGCCAGCAUCUGGGGACUGACUCUGUCCUCCCUGACGCCACCUCCUCCAAGCUGUGACCCUGCUCAGAGCUCUUGUAUCUGUGAACUUCCAAUAAAA